AUGGAGGGUGUGGCGGAGAUGACCAAGGCGGCGCAGCAGAAGGGGAGUGAUCCUCUGCUCUGGGCCGUUCAGAUGUAUUCCAAUUUGAACUCCGCCGGAGAGGCUCUUCCCUCUGUCGAACUCGCUCAAUUUCUGGUCUCUUACAUUUGCUGGGACAACAAUGUCCCUAUUCUCUGGAAGUUUCUUGAAAAGGCAUUGACGCUUCAGAUCGUUCCUCCCAUACUUCUCCUCGCUCUCCUUUCCGUCAGGGUUAUUCCAUGUAGACAUGUCCAACCUGUAGCGUAUAGGCUAUACUUGGAACUCCUUAAAAGACAUGCUUUUGAACUUAAGUCUCAGAUCAACAGGCCAGAUUAUCAAAAGGUCAUGAAAUCUAUAGAUGCAGUUCUUCAACUCUCCAACAUAUUUGGCAUGUCACAAAGUGAGCCUGGCAUUCUGGUGGUUGAAUUUCUUUUUUCAACUGUCUGGCAGUUGCUUGAUGCAUCAUUGGAUGAUGAAGGCUUGCUGGAAUUUACUCCUGACAAAAAGUCUAGAUGGGCUACACUAUAUCAUGACAUGGAACUGGAUAGGCAUGAUAAUUAUAGUGAUAAAAAGACUGAACAUCAUGAGAAAUUGCAAAAUGCUAAUACACUUAUGGCUGUUGAGAUGAUUGGGCAAUUUUUACAGGAUAAAAUAUCUUCAAGGAUUCUUUACUUGGCUCGCCAAAAUUUGCCUGCACAUUGGCUUAUCUUUACACAGCGGCUGCAGCUGCUGGGUGCAAAUUCAUUAGCAUUGAGAAAAUCAAGAACUCUAAGUCCUGAGGCACUUCUGCAAUUGACUUCUGAUUCUUGUUUGGUCUUGUCUCGGGAAUACAAAACAAAUUCACAACAAAAGUUCCAAACUGUUAUGUCGUUUGAAUAUCUUUCUUCUUCUGCCUCACUAUGUCAUGGUGCAAGUCAUUCUGCUCUCUGGAUUCCUCUUGAUCUGGUGCUGGAGGAUUCCAUGGAUGGCUAUCAAGUUAGUGCAACGAGUGCUAUUGAAACAAUUAGUGGUUUGAUAAAGACCUUGCGAGCAAUAAAUGGCACCUCUUGGCAUGACACUUUUUUAGGCCUUUGGUUGGCGACCCUUCGUCUUGUUCAGAGGGAAAGAGAUCCUAUUGAUGGCCCAAUGCCUCAUCUUGAUACUCGCUUAUGCAUGCUCUUGUGUAUCAUACCGCUUGUUGUUGGUGAUCUUAUUGAGGAGGAGGAGGAAAGGACAGCUGUUGACGAAAAAGACAGUGGUCUCGUUGAUUGCUGGAGAGGGAGAAAGGUUCCAGGAAAAUGUCGCAAUGAUUUAGUCUCGAGUCUCCAGGUUUUGGGUGAUUAUCAAAGCUUGCUCACUCCACCUCAAUCUGUCGUCGUUGCUGCAAAUCAAGCUGCUGCAAAAGCAAUGCUAUUUGUUUCUGGCAUUGCAAUAGGGAGUGCAUAUUUUGACUGCCUCAACGUUACGGAGAUGCCAGUUGACUGUUUGUAUGAUAAUGUUUCCGAUCGCCAAAAAGUCUGGUCUGCUUCUGUGUUUCUGAUUCCAUUCAAAUUGCCUGGAAACAUGCGUCAUCUGAUAGUUGAGGCUUGCAUUGCCCGCAAUCUACUGGACACAUCUGCAUACUUAUGGCCAGGUUAUGUAAAUGGACAUAUCAAUCAAAUACCUCAGUGUAUGCCAGCUCAAGUACCUGGCUGGUCAUCAUUUAUGAAGGGAGCUCCACUUACUACAGGGAUGGUUAAUGCUUUGGUUUCAAGUCCUGCUACAUGCCAGGUAUCAGAACUGGAGAAAAUUUUUGGAAUUGCAAUUGGGGGAUCAGAAGAUGAAAAGAUAUCUGCCGCUGCCAUUCUUUGCGGAGCAUCCCUAAUUCGUGGCUGGAAUAUACAGGAACACACUGUGCAUUUCAUUCUUAGGUUGUUGUCUCCACCGGUUCCUGCAGAAAAGACUGAAGGAAACAACUAUUUGAUUAAUUAUGCUCCGAUACUUAACGUACUCUUUGUUGGAAUUGCAUCUGUUGAUUGUGUUCAAAUAUUUUCGUUGCAUGGCUUGGUUCCACAGCUUGCAUGUUCAUUGAUGCCAAUCUGUGAAGUUUUUGGGUCAUGUGUGCCGAAUAUCUCAUGGACACUAACAUCAGGGGAAGAAAUAUCUGCCCAUGCUGUGUUUUCAAAUGCAUUUAUUCUUCUUUUAAAGCUAUGGAGAUUUAAUCGUCCUCCUCUUGAAUAUGGAAUUGGAGAUGUACCUACUGUUGGUUCUCAAUUAACUCCUGAAUACUUACUUUUAGUACGUAAUUCCCACUUAAUGUCAGCUAGUAACAUCCAAAAAGAUCGUAACAGGAGGAGACUCUCAGAAAUAGCAAGUUUAUCAUCCCCAAAUUCUGUAUUUGUUGACUCCUUUCCAAAAUUAAAAGUGUGGUAUAGGCAACAUCAAGCAUGUAUAGCCUCAACACUCUCUGGUCUUGUACAUGGAACCCCAUUUCAUCAGAUUGUUGAGGGGCUUCUUAACAUGAUGUUCAGAAAAAUUAAUAGAGGAAGUCAAACUACUAUUACAUCUGGAAGCAGUAGCUCUUCUGGACCUGCAAAUGAAGAUGCCUCUGUAGGGCCAAAGUUGCCUGCAUGGGAUAUUCUUGAAGCCAUUCCCUUUGUAGUUGAUGCUGCUCUUACAGCCUGUGCUCAUGGAAGAUUGUCUCCACGUGAGUUGGCAACAGGGCUUAAAGAUUUAGCUGAUUUUCUUCCUGCAUCUCUGGCAACCAUAAUAAGUUACUUCUCUGCCGAAGUAACUCGAGGAGUUUGGAAACCUGUAUUUAUGAAUGGAACAGAUUGGCCUAGCCCCGCUGCAAAUCUACUGAACGUUGAGGCACAGAUCAAGAAAAUUUUGGCUGCAACUGGAGUCGAUGUGCCUAGCCUAGCUUCAGUAUUAAUACCAACUGCUGCCGUUUAG